AGAGAGCAUAUUUUUGCUAUGUAGAAAGCUGAAGCAUUAAACAUGGCUAUGAAUAUGAUGAAAUGGUGCCCAAAUUCGUACCCUUCAGCGACCCACAAAAUUACUCAACUGCACAACAAUCUCAAACUCUUCCGCUCCACCCACUCGCCCUUACGUUCAUUCUCAACACAAUCAUCAAUCUCGACGCACGACGAUGUUCAAGUUCCCUCUUCCUCCCCCUUUUCAGGUCCCUCUCGAUUGCUCCAAUACGGCCUCAAUUUUUCUUUGUAUUUGACUUCAUUUAUAUUAUUAGGGUUGGAUGAGAUGAUGACGGGAUUCAUAUUCGGGAAGAAGAAGGCAACUGAAGUUGCUCACGCGGUUUGGAACAAUGUCGUCCGGAAAGGGGAUCUGGUGGUCGACGCCACUUGUGGCAAUGGUCACGACACAGUGGCUAUGGCGAGAUUAGUUGCAGAUGAUGCCGGCAGAGGCCGCGUCUUUGCAAUGGACCUUCAGAAAUCUGCUUUAGAAAGCACUUCAUCUUUGCUCGAUCAUUCACUCACUCCUCAUCAGAGAGGACUCGUUGAGCUUUAUGCUAUGUGCCACACUAAAAUGGAAGAUCUUGUUCCUAGCGGUGCUUCUGUGAGGUUAGUCGUGUUCAAUUUGGGGUACCUACCAGGAGGCGACAAAAAGAUCAAAACAGAGUCGGAAACAACGUUACUUGCAUUAGAGGGUGCCAAGAAAAUCCUUGCACGCGGAGGUCUCAUAAGUAUACUGGCUUAUGUUGGGCAUUUUGGUGGAAGGGAGGAGUUCGAGAAGGUCCGGUCCUUUGCAGCUGAAUUACCAGUUGAUAAUUGGGUGUGCUGCACACUGCAAAUGCUAAACCGGCCAUCGGCUCCUGUACUGGUCUUAUUAUCUAAGAAAUGAUUCAGACAUGUCCUUUGUCUAUGGCAGCGAGUGCAUUUACUUGUACUAGUAGUGAGUUGUGUUAAGAUACAGAUUGAUAAUGUAAACUUCAAAAAAAUUGUCAGUUGCAUGAUAACAUGCAAUAAGAGCUUAUUUAAUA